UCCAAAAGACUUAAACUAAAGAACGUCACCGAUUGGCUGUUACUUUACAAUACUACUCGACAUCUAGCGAGAAUUUCUCGAACUAUUUUAUCCAUUGUCAAUAACUGUCAAACUGUGUAUAUUGUUUUUUUUUUUAAACGUUAAAUUUUACCUGACAUUUUUGUGGUCCAGUUGUAAUUAUUUUUUUGAUAAAUACAAGUUAUUGUUCAAAUAGAAACUUGUUGAUUUUUUCACGCUCUUUAUAUAUACAUUUUUGUUUGCGAAUUUAAUGUGUGUAUAGUUGAAUAGUCAUUUAUAAUGAUUGCUGAAAAAUAAGAAUUUACAUUGUUCUCUCUUUUUUUUUUCCCCCCUGCAGUAAAUAAUGAGUGAAAAAAGAAAAAGCAGUGAUAGUCCACAAUCAACAAAAUCCAGAUUUAAAUUAAAAAGUAAAAAACGAUCAUCGAGUACUGAGGAAAAUACAUUUGAUAAUGGAGAUACUACACCAAAGCGUUAUAAUGCACACAGUACUCCAAUUAGAAAUUCAAAUAUUCUCAGUACUCAGGAAGAUUCACCUGAAAUGUGCCAACGAGCUAGUCCAAUUUCCAAUACACAAAAAAAUGAAGUAUGUUGGAGUUGGCAUAGCCAAAAAGAUGAAUUAUCAACAAAAAAUGAUCUCAAAACACCAAAAAGAUCAUUAAAAUUACAAAAACGACGAAUGCCAGAUUCACCAAAAAUGUUUACAUUAACAAAUAAAAUUCGCGUUAAAACAAAAGGUUCAAAUUUAAAUCAAGCUGAAUUUCGUGCAAAUUUCGAAGAAUUUCGUGCGAUUUUAACAAAUCGACAACAACAACAAAAACAAGAAGAAAUAAUAACCGAUAAUAAACCAUCAACAUCAUCAACAACAACUUUAAUUGAUUCAAUAUCAUCAAAAAUUGAAAAUAUUGACAAUAAUAAAGAACAAAUUAUUGACAAUGAACAAAUUGAAAUAAAAAAUAAAAGUGAAUUAAAACUUGUCUAUUCAGAUGAUUAUGAUCUUGAUGAAUCACUUGUACGUUGUAGUCAAUUAUGUGAAGAGGAAUUUUUUGCAAAAAUUACUAAUGAAGAAAAAAUUGUCAAUAGUUCAACGCCAUUAAUAAAAAUAAAAAAUAAAGGUUCACACAUUCAUAAUAGUCCAAUAUCAGGACUUGAGAAUUUAAUAAAAAUUCCCAUUGAAACGCCACCAUGUAAAUUAAUAAAUAAUAAAUUAACAACAAUCGCUGACGAUUCAUUCGAUGAAUAUUUAUCACAAUUAAAAGAUGAGGAUUUAACAAAUAUUAAAAAUAGUCCAAUAUCAUCACGUUCAGCGUCUAAAAAAUCAUUAUUCACCAAUAAUAAUUUAGAAAAUAAAAAAUUAAUAACAGUAAAAUCAUGUUCAAUUUUAGAUGAUAAAAUACAACAAAAUACAAAUGACAAUAGAUUUAUGCAAAAAACAAAAAGUUUUGAUUCACAAUCAAAAAUUUAUACCAAACAACAAACAAAUAUAAUGGAAAUCAAUAAAUUUGUACCUAAAACAAAAAGUUUUGAUAUACAAACAAAAAUUUAUCCAAGUACAAGUAAAAUUUUAUUUCAAGAAAAAAUUUUAAAACAACAACAACAACCACCAUUACCACCAAUUGAAUCAUCGCCGAGGAAAUUUUUUAAAACAAAAUGUAAUUCAGAACCAUUGGCAAAAAGUCCUAAAUUAUCAACAAUUCCUAUCAAGAAUUAUCCUGAUGUUCCAAUUUCCAAUGUAUCAACUAAUAAUGAUACAAAAAUAACUGGUAAGUCAUUUCAAUGCAAGAUUUAUUCUGACUCAUGUUUCAGUCAAAAUAAUACAACAAGUAGCGGUUUUAUUAGUAAUGGCAGUAAUAAUAGCAGUAGCAGCAGCGGCGGCAGCAAUAACAACUAUAAAAUUAAUUCAUCAUCUGAAAAUCGUCCAAUUAAUCAAAUCAACAAUAAUAACAAUAUUAAUAAUGUUAGUAAUAAUUUUCCAAAUAUCACACUCUCUACACACAGAUCCAUGGAUGAACUUCAUAUUCAAUCGAAAAAAGUUUCUCAAGUUACUCUCUUCACAGCGGAACAAAUUGAAAAAAAACGUCUUGAAGCAAAAAUGAAAUUGGCAGCAAAACGACAAAUAAUAAAUUCAAAACAUCCAUCAUCAACAACGACGACGACGACAACGACAACAACAAGAAUUUUGCCAUUGGCAUCGUCAGUCAAAAGAUGAAGUGUUUAAAACAAUUUUUUUGUGUCCAAAAAAAAAAACAAAUUUUAUUUUUUUAUACAACAUGUCACAAAGUACAUUUCGUGUUCAAUGUUGAAGUGCGUUAAUUUUUUUUUUCUAAUUUGUGAAAAGUUUAUUUUGAAAAAGAAAAAAAAACAUGUGAAGAAAAAAAAUUGAAGUUAAAUAUGUAUGUAUAUAUAUAUAUAUAAAAAGAAGAAAAUAUUGCUCAAGUUUGAUCAGUGAUUUUUUCAUGAGAAAAGAAAGAAAACUAAUUUUUUUUUUUGAGGAAAUUGGAAAGAAAAGGUGAGAAAAGAAAAAGAAAUGAUUUUUUUUAUAUUAUCUACUUUAUCGACAGUUGUUAAAAGCAGAAUGAACUGUUUUAACGACUGUGAAAACAUUUUUUCGAGGUUUUUUUUUAUCAACUGCUGAUAAAACAGUUUAAAUUGUUUUUAUCAUCUGAUAAUAUAGUUAUCAACCGAUAAAUUAGAUUGCUUCGCAUUUAUUAACAAAUUGAUGAAAAAAAUAUUUAUUUACAAUGAAAAUUGAUUUGAUAUAAAAUUUAAAAAGAGUGGAUUUAUAUUUUAUCAAUAGCAGGUAAUUUGUUUUUUUUUCAUCAACUAAAGAAAGUAGAUUAAACUGAUUUAUUAACUGUCGAUAAAGUAGAUUAACCUAUUUAAUCAACAGUCGGUAAAGUAAAUUAAACUAUUUUAUCGCAGUCACGAAUUUUUUUU